CCCGCGCCCUGCUGGCCACCACUUCGUUUCCUCUCCUCUUCACUCACUCACUACAGAGUUAUUUUUAUGGUUGUUCGUGUAACACUUUUCGCGUAUAGUAGUGCGGUUUAGUUCCUUCAGAAGAUUUUAGGCGUGAAGAUGGCUGAAACAGAAAAGGAGCAAAAGCGACCAAUCGGCCGUGGAAGAGGACGAGGUAUCACUGGUACAGGACCUUGGCAACGUAGCAUGAGACCAACACCCGUUGUUAGACCUACACCUGCUAUAAAACCAACUCCUGUAAGCGCAACACCUGCUGUAAGCGCAACACCUGCUGUAAGCGCAACACCUGCUGUAAGCGCAACACCUCUUCUAAUACCAACACUUGCUGAAGCAGCUGGACGAAUAUAUGAUGGUAAAAAUAAUAUGAAAAUGAAAUCAAGUACCAUUGGAAGAGGAAGAGGUAUUAUUAAAAAAUGUAUUGAUGAAGCAAUUGGAAAUCAGAAUGUCAAUCAAGGUUAUGUAAACAGAAACAAUAAAUCAGAAAAUUAUUCUGUAAAAUUGGCUACCAAACCCGGAGCAGUUGAAGAACAAGUUCUGAAGUCAACGGGACAAAAAAUAAAGAAAGAUGAGGCAUCAAAAUUAUCUGACAAUUUGAAUCAAGAUAACAAAUCACAAUAUAUAAAUGCAAAAACUAUAAAUCCAGUCACUUCACCAGAAGAGGACACCGUAAAAUUGGCUACAGACACCGCAGAAGUUAAAGAAAUAGAUGUGAAAUUUACAGAAAAAAGUAUGAACGAAGAAGUGCCAGCUAAAAAAACUGGAUGUCUGAAUCCAGAUACUUCCUCAUUAUCAGUUGAGGCUAAAGAAUUCUAUCCCAAAGGCCAUCCCAAAAGUGCUGAUGCUUGUUAUCCCCAAGAAGAACCAAGUGAUGACAGUAAAAUUACUGCUCAAGACAAUGCUCAACAGAUGGACAAUGGAGUUGCUCCACACGAGUCUCCACACGAUUCAGCGCAAUCGUUGCUUAAGACAAAUAAAAACAAGUUUUUAAACAUGAUGGGAGCUGAACAGAGUGUUGAUGCUCUGAAAAUUGACGCCAUCGAGGUCUUGAAUUUUUGUUGUAAUCAAAUAAUCAGAGACCCAGCUAAGUUUCAUGAGGUGAUGGAGCUCACAGGAGAGGAGUUCAUUGCUUUUUUGCCACAUGAAGCAGUAAUUGAAGUUAUUGUGCAACGAUUGUACAAUAAGACAGUAACCCAUUCCGGUUUCGCAUACCAUGCAAUGCGAAUAUUGGUUGGCCUCGUCCAACUUGAAGGAGCCAUAUUUGAAACUUCAAAAAUCAGAGAUCUUAUGCUGAACUUCGUUCGAGAUAAACUUAAGACCAUCAUGGAAACUCUAAAGACAAGUGCUGCAUCUACUUUGAAGUUCUUGGCUCCGUGUCUAUUCACUGCUGAACUUUACAUUCAGCUCAACAUCGGUUCCGAUCGGAUGCCUGUGAUAGGAUUGGCGAUCCUUGAACUAUUGGAGACAUAUUUCAGUGCAGAAAACAUACCUCUCAGUGAGAGAGCUAGAACCUCAAUGAAAGUUUUAAAACUUGUUGGGUCCUUCCUUGACAAGGACGCACCAGAAAAACUGUCAAUGUUCAUUGAACUAAUGAAGACAAAAAUGAACGAAGAUAACGAAGUGGAUCAAAGCAUACUAACUAUGCUCCAGAAUCUCAUUGAUUUGAGGUUGUCAAAUUGGGGGUCCAACCCGGAGGAUCCUGAACAGACUACCACUUCAAGUGAAGACAACAAUCAACAGCAAGUUUUUGCAGGACCAUCGUACCUGCAACCACAAGAGCAGCUUUACCAUGCGAAUGGUCUUCAGUGUUUACCGGCUCCAGCUCCGGUUCAAGAGCAUUAUCCACAAAUUGGUCAACAGCCUUUUGAACCAGUUGGAGAUACCCAACCAUUCCUACCUAUGGGCGGAGAGCAGAUAUUCCAAGGAGAGGGACAACAAAUUAUCCCACUAAUGAACAAUUUGAACUUGAUGCCCGGCCUGCCCUUACCCACCAACUUGUAUUACCCAGGACAUUGUGAUGUAUCGUACCAAUUUAGUCAACCCGUUUUGGAUGGCAGUUUUGUACAUGUGAACCCAGUGAAUCAAGCUCCACAAUUCCUGCCAUAUCCCAAUUAUGUACCCACUAUGAUCGAGAGCGCUGCAGUACUUUAUGCUCCAGACGGCACAGUAAUGGCACCGGAUGAAGAGCAGUUUUUGCGGAACAACAUAAAUAACGAGUUUCCAUCUCCGCGCUCCAGCCCAUCGAUGUCACCUGGAGUGGAUGAGGCUUACUCAGAGUUCCUAAGGAAUUUACCCUCGGCCAGCAACGGCAACAACGGAAACUAAAGAAGCUGUCACUGAAUUAAGGGGGCUGCACUUUGCUAGUAGAACUUAACAAUCUUUAAGUUACACGCAUAUUUUCUUUUGUUCAUUUAGUUUAUUGAGGAUGUUUUCCAUAUAAAAAUGUAUUCUUUUGUUGUUUAUUUGGUUUAUUAAGGAUGUGUGAGUACUUGAAAAUCAAGUUUAGUUCAAUUGCAGCUUAAUACAGCUAUGAACAAAUCGUGAUACGAUUUGCUUGCAGCCUUAUGUGGCACAAAAAAAGAUAACAUACAUUUCUUUUAAACGUAUGGAACAGUUAAAAGUGAGAGAGGUUAAAAUAAUAAGAUUGAAUGUAGGUUCUCUAAUUUCCGUAAGAUGUCCAAUAGGAGUCAAUUAACCCCACAUCUAGUAUAGUCCAUGUAUAUUUUGUGCUCACACAUCCCUAGUGUAGUUAUAUUUCCACUAUGUUGUGGGCUGUGUACAAGUACAGGAUAAUCAUUACGAAUGACAGAAGUAAAUCAAUUUCAUACCACAAGUGUUGACUACACUGGUAAUAAUCAAAAUUUGCUCUCACCCAAAGAUUUUGUAAUCUUAUCUCUUUAAUUUGAUUUCUAUGUAUUCCAUUCUUUAUGUAUACAACAUUCAAUGGGAAUUCUUUGCUGAAUGUUUUAAGAUUCUGUCAUUCUUUUGAUGCUCUUGUAUUUUGAAAUAGUGUGUUUUAGUACUUAUUUGCGUUUGUACAGUGUUUAAUUUUCAACUGUACUUGUUAAGUCUAGUAAAGUUUAAUUGAGGUUCGGUGCAGCUAUGAACAAAACUUGAUAAUGAUAGGAGCUGAGAACCUUUUGCAUUGUAUAGAGAGGUGGCCACCCGACCGGGAUUAAGUUGGGAAUUUACCUACUAGGAAUAUUAUAUGGGAAAUUUAGCCAGGAAUCUUCCCGCAGAACUGGGAAAAUCUCAAAACAAUUUUUCUGUCUCUAAAAACAUAAGUAAUCAAGAAAUAAUUAUUAAUAAACAUACAGUAACAAAAAAAAAAAUAAAAAAAAAACAGUUCCCCAGGAGGGCUCGCCGCUGGGUGGUUUAUACCUCCCAGUUGAGCCCACACUGGGCACAGCAAAAUCCGAGGUGUCACUUAACUCUGGGCAACCCUAUGGAUGUCUGGGAGUGGCACAUGGAUAUCCAAGAGCGGUACAUCACCAAGCGCAUAUGUAGUUUGAAUUAAAGAAUAUUACAUUUUCGACCGAAAGAAACUAGCCAUUUGAAAAGAGAUUUUGAGUGGCCACCCUGUUUAAGCACAUAACCCAGUUGUUUAUGUAAUCAGUAGAGAAACUUCCUUUGAGAAAAAAAAUCAUCGUCAACCAUGAUAGUUUUGGUGGGUGUCAAAAUGGUAGGGUAUUAAGAGACACUCUCAUUUUGACACUCAUCAAAACUGAUUUGGCUUACGAUCAUUUCUCUGUCAAUUUCACAGAAAGCUACGCGUGUGCUCUAAUACAAUGCAAACUAGUUCUCAGGUUCUAGACUCUCUAAUUCGUGCUCGCGUAUGUUUAGUAUGUUCAGUAUUUUAUAUAUGUAUAAUUAAGAACACAAGUGAUGACUAGAUGGACUGAAAAAGCUGUUUUCCAAAGAUCUUUAGUCUUAAGUCUUACCUUUAAUGUAUUAAUGCCUUGUUAAGUGUAAAACAAUUGUAAACUUGUGACUGUGUGAUGAAUUUUUAAGACACUUGUUGCUCAGUUCACAAUUCUUUAUUUAUAUUGUAAAAUAAGGAGUUUACUGCUGAUUUAUUUAACAUAGUUCCUUCUCUUUAUUGUUCAUUGUUAUACUAAUAUAUUGUUCGUUUUGCAUUUAAGUUGUGUUAAAUUUAAAAGUUAAGUGUAUCCAUUUUUACUUUUUAACAAUGCUUUUUAUUAUAUCCACUGAGUAUUUUAAGCUUGUGUUUUAACAAUAUUUUCAUAGUCUUAUAAAAUGUUUUAAAAGACUGAAUGGUAGAUUUAUUUGCACUUGCCUGGUAAAUGUGGGUAGUUUUAUCAUAAAAAUUACUUCAAAGAUGAAAAACUUCAGUAAAAUUAAACAUUUCAAAUGUGUGAAAGAAAAGAAAUUCCAAUUCAAACAUAUUUUGAUACAGAGGAAAAUAUUGGCUAGGUGAAUUGUUAGUUGUAGAGGUAUGCAAAUAACUUAAUUAAUUUUAUAAAUUUCAGUUUUAAGCCGUUGGGAUCAUUUUUUGUAGUUCCUCUAUUUGAUUUGGAUUUGAAGAUGAAAUUUUAGGUUGUUUAAGUACGUAUUAUUGUUUCUAUAUGUUACUGGUGUUGGUGGGAACACCUCCUUUAUCAUGCAGAAUGUUAAAUGCCGUCUUGUUGCUUUACUUAUUAACAUAACAUAUAUUUUGUGAUACUUUUGCAGUUAUUUAUUAUGUAUAUAAUUAUUUGCAUAUCUCUCAGAAUGGCUAAUCAUUUUUACACAAGUGGUCUCUUAAUUUUAAUGUAAAAUCCACUCCCAUUAUCCAGGGGCGAAUCAACCAUGUUUACUACAACACCGUCGUGGCUUAUAAACUGAAAAAAAACGUUUUAAAACUGUACGGAUAAUUAAAAUUUAGUUGAACUUAAUGUUCCUCCAUUUUACAAACAUUCACAAACCGCAGCAGAUCGAUUGAGAGUAGACUUUGUCAAUUUUUAUAUUUUUACUUUUAAAUAAAAUUUAAAGUUUACCUUCCUAUGUAUAUUAUAUAUAAAUGUUAGACAUUGUUAUAUUAUGUAGUUAUACUGUUGCAGCUAUGUGAUAUACUCUAAGUUACCUUAAUAAAGUAUAUAUGUACACAGAAAUAUAUUUAAAUGUAGAUAUGUACAUUAAAAAUUAAAUUUUUAUACAAAGCGCUUAGCUUUAGUGUUCAUCACAUUCCGGUAUUUUGUUGAAACGUUAUUUUAUUGAAUUAAAUAUUUGAAACGUUA